GUAAUGAUUGUGAAAAAUGCAGAUGCAAGUUCAACAAUAUCACGUGCUACCCCGACACUACCUCUCCAGGUUGCCGGGCGACUACCGCAGUACCUACAACCACAACUACGAGGACCACAGCUAUUUCCACAACUGAAGGCGAAGUAACUACAGUCACUACAGAAGUUGUAACAACCGUAACCCCGGUGUACUGCUACGAUGACAUGGACAGUAUUUCUGAUUUGACUGUUUCUCGGUUUGACUCCAACAACCCUUCGGAUAUACUUCCACCCGAUGAGCCUUUUACAUCUACUGGAGAAUUUGGUCCUAAGUUGAUUAUAGCGUUCUCCGAACCUACUCGGAUAAACCAGCUGGAGUUUACAACCAGCUCGGGGAAUCCCUUGCUAGUUAAAGUGGGAGUGACGUUUGGUUCGAACCCCGAUGAGGUGGAUUUGUAUUUGUUUGCUGGACGGCCUAAAUUGGUGAAUUCCGGGGAAAGACUUGAUAUACCAGUGGAGCCAGAGGUGACCAAUGUGCGUUCCAUCAAGAUAAUAUUCCANGAACUCAGACUCGCAAACUGUCAAGGUGUUCGGAUGCGCUGAAAAGGUUUCAACGACUGUUUCUACUGCAACAGUUCCAACAACAAGCCCUGAAAUUACAACAGUGACGAGGCCUGUCUGUGGUCCGAAGUGUGAGUGUGACGUGAAUUGCUACAACGUCAUCAUAGAUCCUAACUGCCCGCCAGAUAUUCCAGAUAACUGUCAAGGUUGCUUCUGCCUCGAGGGUACGCAUAGAGUAGGUGGCUACUGCGCCCGUCCCCCACCUCGAGGAACAUGCAUUUCAACACCAACAACAGAGACAACGCGUCCACCCAGCACGACUUCAGUACCGCCAUCAACAACACAGCCACCAACUACCACUAUUAGCAGCACUACACACGGGACAACACGAGCACCUUCAACAACAAAAGUACCAAGCACGACUUUUGCCCCACCGUCAACAACACGAGCACCAAGCACGACUGUUGCACCACCUUCAACAACACGAGCACCAAGUACGACUGUUGCACCACCAUCAACAACACGAGCACCAAGUACAACCAUUCCACCGCCGUCAACAACACGAGCACCAAGCACAACUCUCGCACCGUCAACAACACGAGCACCUAGCACCACUAUUCCACCAUUGUCGACAACUCGAGCACCAAGCACGACUAUUCCACCACUAUCAACGACACUUGCACCUACUACCACUGUUGCAAGCACCACCGAAGUGUACUGCUACGAUGACAUGGACAGUAUUUCUGACUUGACUGUUUCUCGGUUUGACUCCAACAACCCUUCGGAUAUACUUCCACCCGAUGAGCCUUUUACAUCUACUGGAGAAUUUGGUCCUAAGUUGAUUAUAGCGUUCUCCGAACCUACUCGGAUAAACCAGCUGGAGUUUACAACCAGCUCGGGGAAUCCCUUGGUAGUUAAAGUGGGAGUGACGUUUGGUUCGAACCCUGAUGAGGUGGAUUCGUAUUUGUUUGCUGGACAGCCUAUGUUGGUAAGCUCCGGUGGAAGACUUGAUAUACCAGUGGAGCCAGAGAUAACCAAUGUGCGUUCCAUCAAGAUAAUAUUCUACAACCAAGGCUCACAAACCGUCAAGGUAUUCGGAUGCGUUGAGAAAGGGACAACACGAGCACCUUCAACGACAAAAGUACCAAGCACGACUUUUGCCCCACCGUCAACAACACGAGCACCAAGCACGACUGUUGCACCACCGUCAACAACACGAGCACCAAGCACAACUCUCGCACCGUCAACAACACGAGCACCAAGUACGACUGUUGCACCACCGUCAACAACACGAGCACCAAGCACGACUUUUCCACCAUUGUCAACAACACGAGUACCAAGCACGACUUUUGCACCACUGUCAACAACACGAGCACCAAGCACGACUGUUACACCACCAUCAACGACACUUGCCCCCACUACCUCUGUUGCCAGCACCACACAAGAGUACUGUGACCCCUUGUGUGUCUGUCAAGUCGACUGCAAUGGUGUUCUCAUUAGGCCAAACUGCCCUGGCAGUGUUCCCAGCUAUUGUAUUACUUGCAAGACCUGUCCCCCUGGGACCACUGAGAGCCCGACAGGAGUAUACUGUGAAAGUCGUCCUGAUCCAGAAGAAUGCGUCACGACCACGUCUGAAACAACAACAGCAGGUUAUUGCAUAGACCCAAUGAGUCCAUUUGGUCUAGACUUAGAGAAGGACAAUUCACGAGAGACUCGGCCACCGCGCGAUCCUGAUGUUUCUACCUACAUUGGGCAAGACAUUCCAUGGCUGCCUGGCGUGCCAGAUGCCAAAGUGACUGUGUUGUUCAAGCAGCAGGUCCAUAUCAGAGCUGUAAGGCUCCAAGGGGCUGAAUACCAAGAUGGCACAUACAACCUUCAAACGAUCUUCGUACACCACUUACCUUCGACUGGUGUCAUUCAAGAAACAGUCCACACCUUCACGAUUACCCUGAAUGGUGUUACCCCACGGGACUACUUCUUCCCACGUGAAAUGAGUUAUGUGGUGAAUGUAACACUAAUUGUUAUGUCAACAUCUAAGUUUAAUUCAACGCUGAGGUUGGACUUCCUUGGUUGUACUGAGGUGCUCCCAAGUACAACUCCAGUGGUAACCACACCUUCUCCCCCAACAACUGAAGCUCCAACAGCAGCAACUACAACUCUUAAGCCAUCAACAACAGAGGAAGUCACGACCACAGUUCGUACAACUACUCCAGAGGGAACUACCAAAGAGAUAACAACAGUGGAAACAACGACUGAGGAAGGUACUACAACAGUUGUUACAACAAAACAAACAACACCCAAGACUAGUACCACUGAAGCGUCAACAAUUACCGCGGAGUCUACCACAGUGACAGUGAAAACAACCGCACCAGAGAUUACAACCACUAAGAUGACAACGACAGCAGUAUCAACCACUGAGGCAUCGACUACAGCUGCUCCAUCGACUACAGAAGCACUAACUACUCGUUUGAUUACCACCGAGACACCAAGCACCACUGAGCAGCCCACGACUACAAUUCGCGAAACGACCACUGUUGUGUCAACUACUCCUCAAUUCACAACAAGAGAGCAAACAACAGUGGCAUCCACGAUAGAGACUACCACAACAGGGGAAACAACAGUGGUCACUACCGCUCGGGAAACUACAAAAAUUCCAUCAACAACUCAGGUGUCGACCACAGAGAAGGUGACGAGUACUGCAGUAAUUUCGACAACGCCAGAGUUAACAACUACUGAACAGACAACUACUUCUGUUUCAACAACAGAAGCUUCAACCACUGAAGUACCGAGUACUACUGAGCGAACAACUACCCGUGAGUCAACUACAGUGCGGCCAACAACUACAUCCUUACCAUCGACCAGCGAGAAACUGUCAACGACAGUGAUAUACACAACUCCUGAGGCAACAACCGAGGAGACCACAACGGUUGUGUCAACAACAGUGACAACUAUUUCCCCACCGUCCACGACCCCUGAGGAAUGCACAGAAGAUCUUGACACUUACCAGCCAGUAACGGUAACACGCCAAGAAUCUGACUCAGACAGCAUUUUAACACCGGGUGACUGGUGGCGCCCGACCAAUCCACCUGAUGACGUGAAUUCGCCUUACAGUGGAUCGUACUUGGAGGCUACUUUCAGCCCACGGGUUGAAAUCACAUCCGUUAUCAUCAGAAUUGAGCAGGGCCCACCUGGGGAUAUAACUGUCGCCUUCAGGGUUCAGCCGGGUGACCGGUUGCCAUACGUGCCGUUAGUUGGCGACGACAGUUCCACAAUCUUUACUGGCCAAACGGACAGCAAGAUUCCUAUGCCGUCCAGUAUGCCACUUGUAACGGGAAUAAGAGUGUCCAUCAUCACGUCAAAUCCAGAUGGCUACAAAGUGAUCUUCAACGGCUGUGAACACGAAGCAACUACCACCGAGGCACCGUCUACAACGAAGGCACCGUCCACUACAGAAUUGACAACAAAGGUAUCAACGACUUUGAAAACAACCACUCCGUCAACUACAGCCGCUCCGUCAACGACUGAAAAAGUCUCAACAACAGUAACAUCAACCGUAACUCCGACGGCAACUACUACAAAAGAGACAACUGUGGCAACAACAUCACAGGAAACCCCAACGGCUCCCCCAAGUACUACAGAGAAAACGACUACUCGUGUAUCAACUACAGAGGCUCCUUCUACAACUGAACAGCCACCCACAACUGUCCAGCCGUCAACCACCAAGGAGGUAACGACAGUAAUUUCUACCACUCCCGAGUCCACAACAAAAGAGACAACAACUCUUUAUUCCACAACAG